AUGAAAAGAAAUCUUAUUAACACUUUAAAUAACAUUGAUUCAGUAGGAACUUAUGUAGAAUCAUUAGAAUCAGAAAUUAAAAAAAGCAUGGACAAAAAAGUAGGUAAAGAUCUAGAACAAAACGAAAUGCAAACUAAACUAAAAGAAAGUUAUGUGCUAAUUAUGGUAUGUGAAAAAGAUAUUGAAUGUCCUAUUUGUUUAUGUGAUAAUAAUCAAUUUGUUAAAACAAAUUGCAAACAUUUUCUUCAUAUAGAAUGUACUGAUGAAUGGUUAAAGGAAAAAGAAAAUUGUCCACUUUGUAGAACUAUUAUUAAUAAUAAAGUACCAGAAAAAAAUGAAAUAAUUCAUAUUAAUGCUAUGUUUGAUGCAGAUUAUUAUGGCGGCUCUGAAGAUUAUUGGUUAUGA